UACGCGGCUUGUCCUCUAUACUCAAAAGUCUCAACCUUUUCUCCACUGCAAAGCUAAACCACACUCUCACUUUCUCUCCCCCCACAAAAUUCCAAAACCCCUCCUCCACUACCUCUCUCCCAGACCCAAAUGGCGGACGACGAAGCCGGAGGCGAGGAGUACUUGUUCAAGGUGGUCCUCAUCGGCGACUCCGCCGUCGGCAAGUCCAACCUGCUGUCUCGGUUCGCUAGGAACGAGUUCGAUCAAAACUCCAAGGCCACAAUUGGGGUCGAGUUUCAGACCCAGGCUGUGGAAAUCGACGGCAAAGAGGUCAAGGCCCAGAUCUGGGACACGGCGGGGCAAGAGCGCUUCCGGGCUGUGACGUCUGCUUACUACAGAGGCGCGGUGGGCGCGCUUGUGGUGUAUGAUAUCAGUAGGAAGACUACUUUUGAGAGUGUGGAGCGCUGGCUUAAUGAGCUUACCAUGCAUUGUGAUACUGCGGUGGCAAAGAUGUUGGUAGGGAAUAAGUGUGAUUUGGAGGAUAUUAGAGAUGUGUCCAUUGAAGACGGUAAGAGCCUUGCAGAAGAAAAGGGACUAUUCUUCAUGGAGACUUCUGCACUUGAUGCUACUAAUGUUCAAGAGGCCUUUGAGGUUGUUAUCCGGGAGAUUUACAACAAUGUCAGCAGGAAAGUCCUAAAUUCUGAUUCUUACAAGGCUGAGCUGUCUGUUAACCGAGUAACCCUGGUGAAAAAUGGGGCAGAUUCGACGAAAUAUCGGUGUUGUAGCGGAUGAUCUCUAGUCCUUCAGUUUUACAUUUGUCUUUACAAUGUUCUCUUUUUCCCAUCCCUAAAGGAGAAAAGGAAAUGUUAUUGCUUGAUUGUUUGGCAGGUGAUUACUAGGGUUAUUGAUGACUCUGGUGGUCAUUAAUCUGUCGUUGGGGAUUAGCUAUCAAUAAGACUAUUUUUCAUAGUGUUCAUAA